CCCCACCAUCUGCAUGACUAAGCGACCAUUCACGAAAAAUUCAAUGUUGGGCUCCAUGGGAAGGCGAGACGCAAAGAGGUAUUGAGUUUUGAACGGCAGACGGUCGCCCUCUAGGAAACAUGGCACAGCAGUCGAAUCCAAAUGGUGCGCAACAGGCCUCCGCAGACAUGCCGCCGGCCAUGGCUGAGGUCAAGUCGCAGAGCGUCGACGAGUUGCUGAAAGAGAUGAACCGUAUGCCGCUCUUCAUGACACAGCUCGACGAGACGGAUGGCGAAGGAGGCGAGAACUUGGCUCUUGAGGCGCUGAAAGCGAUGGCGUAUGAGGGCACCCGUGCCGAGGUCGCAGAGAAUUUCCGGCAACAGGGGAACGAGUGUGCAAGAGCGAAGCAAUGGGUAGAUGCCAAAGAGUUCUACAAUAAAGCCAUUGCUGCGCUCAAGGGGCCCCAAAAUCACCGAGAUCCUGACGCGGCAGGUCCCGACGUAAUAGAAGUCGAGUUGGACGAGGAAGAGGAGGCGAAGAAGGAGAAGGUCAUUGAAGAGGCAUGCUAUGUCAAUAGGGCGCUGUGCAAUUUGGAAAAGAAAAACUACCGCUCCUGUAUUCUAGACUGCGCAGCAACACUCCGAGUCAAUCCCUCCAACAUAAAAGCCUUCUACCGGUCAGGCACUGCAUGCUUAGCGCUCGACAAGCUGCUUGAAGCAACAUGGGCUUGUGGCCGAGGACUCGCUAUCGACUCCAACAACGCCCCUCUAAUCGCUCUGCACACUAAGAUUGCUGCUCGGAAAGCGUACAUAGAAUCCGUCGAGAAGGCCCGUCGAGCGCGAGAAGAGAAAGCUGCCUCCGAGCGCGCCACGCUCAAUCUUGCGUUGAAGAGUAGGAACAUCCUCACAAGGAUGAGCGGACAGCCACCAGAUCUCGAGGAUGCAGCUAUCAAGCUGGAGGACGUUAUGGAUCCUUCUUCGACACUCACAUUCCCUGUCAUCCUGCUGUACCCCACACACUCACAAUCAGACUUCAUCAAAGCCUUCUCGGAGAGAGAAAAGCUAGAUCAACAUCUCGACUACAUCUUCCCCCUACCCUGGGACGAGCAGCACGUGUACACGAUUGAAAAUGUGGAGGCGUACAUGGAGACGGCAGCCGGUGGCUUAAUCAAGGUCGGCAAAAAGAUGAGCUUAGGCAAGGUGCUGGGAAGCGGGAAAACAGAAAUCGUCGACGGGCUGGUUAGGAUCAGUGUUCUGCCAAAGGACAAGGCGGCGGAUUGGAUUGAAGAGUUCAAGAAGAGGAGGGGAAAAGCCAUUUCGUACAACAAGAGCUAAUUGCAAUGGCAUGUUGUAACGACGUACUAUACAGGACCAAAUAGCAAGAGUCCGCAGCACAUGUCGCAACAUACGGACACCCUUACGGCUGAGAAACAACACCUUGAUUCCAUCCUCCAUCAAGGCAGCGUACUAUAUGUUUCGUUUAACUCGUCGAGCCCAUAUUUCCAAGGAUAUACCUGUAAUCCAGCAUUCAACGGAAGAAAAUAUAUGUAGCGGGAACGCAGAAUUUCUCGAACAUGCGAGGGUGACAAGCAAGCUAUACCCUAGGGUAAGCGACUAGCUCAACCCUCAGCCUCAUGAAUUAGGAUAUUUAGCGGGCCCAGUUUGCCGGAAAGGAUACGAACGCGCUAUAUAAGUGGUACUAUAGUUCCAACAAGAAUCCUAUAUAGCCCCCCGUCGUUAGUCAAUAGAGCCUAAACACACAUACCCGCCCUCCCCAC